UUCAAAAGUGAUAACGUCGAUGAAGUAAUUAAAUAAACAUAAUAUUACCUAUUUGGUUUCGGUAUUUGCCAUUCGGCAAUCAUCUAAGCUAAAUAAAAAGCAGUUUUCCUUAUUCCGUGUUCUGUGAGCAGUGUAGUGUAUAAUUUGUGAACAAUAAUUGAGCAACUUUAUUACUGUUGCUUUCCCGUGUCUCAGUUUAUCUUUUGACGGCUAAACCAUAAUACACUAACAACGUUUUAUACAUUUUUACUCUACGAUUCACUGAAUAUUGUCAAUUUAGGCUGUUAUUUGAUUUCCUGAAAUGGAAAGACACACUAAGAAAACUAAAAAGAUAGUUGAAGAAGAUGAUACUUAUAAAAAUGAUAAAACAAAACCAGAAGUAAAUCAAACUAAAUAUUUACUGUAUAGUGUUAUUGUUAUAACUUUUGUGGUAAUAUAUUCUUAUUACACUAUAUAUAAAUCAGAUUUUGGAUCAGAUAAAGUUGUUAAAAAGCAACCGUUAUCAGAACCUGUUUAUGCUGUUAUUAUUGAUGCAGGAAGUACUGGUUCAAGGGUAUUAGCAUUAGCUUUUAAAAAAACAUCAAGUGGUUCUUUAGAGCUAGAAGAUGAAUUAUUUGUACAAGUUAAACCAGGCUUAUCUAGUUUUGCUGAUAAUCCAAAAAAAGGUGCUGAAUCAAUUGAUCAGUUAUUGGCCAAGGCUAAAAAUUUUGUGCCAAAACAGUAUUGGAAAAAUACACCACUUGCAAUGAGAGCAACAGCUGGUUUAAGGUUACUACCAACUGAAAAAGCAGAUGGAAUUCUCAAUGAAGUAAUACAAUUAUUUAAACAUAAUCCAUUUUAUACAAAUGAAAAUUCAGUGGCUAUCAUGGAUGGUAUUGACGAGGGUCUUUUUUCAUGGUUUACAGUGAAUUUUCUUCUUGAUCGAUUGAAUGGUAAAUUGACAAAUACAGUAGCUGCUCUUGAUUUAGGUGGUGGUUCUAUACAGAUCACAUUUAUCCCUACUGAUAGUAAACAAAUAAUAAAAGAAUUACCAGAGUUUAUUACAGAGUAUUCGAUAAUGAACGAGAAAAUAAACUUGUAUAGCCACAGUUAUUUAGGGUUGGGAUUAAUGGCAGCACGAAAGAGUGUGUUUACUGUUGAUGGUGACUUGUUAAAUGUAACUAGCCCUUGUGUUCAAGAGGCGGCCAAAGGAACACCUUAUAAAUUUGCUCAAAAUACCUACCAUGUAACUGGGGCGCCAUCGAAAAAAGGUCCAGCUGUUGAUUAUCAAUUGUGUAAGAGUAUCAUUGAAGCUGUAGUUAAAACUAUAUAUACUGAUAAACCCAAAGAUUUGCUUAAUCAAAAAAUAGUAGCAUUUUCAUAUUUUUAUGACAGAGCUCAAGAUGCUGGUCUGGUCGGCGAAGAAGGAGGUGAAGUAACCAUAAAAUCAUUUUAUGAUGCAGCAGAGAAAGAAUGUUCCAAUACAAGUUAUAAUGAACUACGUCCAUUUAAAUGUCUUGAUUUAACUUAUAUUUCCGUUUUAUUGGAACAAGGUUUUGGUUUACCAGUGGAAACCUCAGUUUCUUUAUUGAAUACUAUUGACGGGCAUGAAAUAAGCUGGGCACUUGGAGCGGCUUACCAUAUUUUACAAAAUGGACUUUAAAUCAAACUGCCAUUUUUUAAAAACCAAUAACCAUGGUGACCGAAGAUCAAAAACUAGUUUAUAUUUUAUUGCCCAAUUGUUCAUGUUUAUUGUUUAAUUCUUUGCAGUUCAAACAUUGUAUUUGUAAUAUUAUUACAAUUAUAUUAAA